AUGCCGAGUUCAUGGCUGCAAUGGCGAACCUUGCGAACACCAUGGAGGCUACCGCUACUGCGUUCUCUGCAAGCUGUGCAGAGGUUAGGCCAACCAGCCAGAAAUGGAAAUGAAAAUGGCAGAAGAAAUGCAAAUGAGAAUGCGGGAGGAAGCGGAGAUAACACAGGAGGUGCUCCGAUGACCUUGGCGACCUUUCUCAAGGUUCAUCCUCCGAGUUUUCGAGGUUCAACUAAUCCCACGGAAGUAGAUAACUGGUUCCAAGCUAUGGAACGUGCAUUGCAAGCGCAACAUGUCCCGCAUAACCAAUACGUAGAGUUUGCUGCUUACCAACUUCGGGAAGAGGCCCAGCAUUGGUGGCAGGCAGAGUGUCACUUGCUACAGCUCCAGAAUGCAGAUGUUCCUUGGGAUGUAUUCCAGAUAGCCUUCUACAAGAAGUAUUUUCCUGAGUCUGCAAGGGAAGUGAAGGAGAUAGAAUUGAUGCAGCUGAAGCAAGGUUCCAUGUCUGUGGCAGAGUGCACCAACAAGUUUGAGGAGCUUUGUAGGUUUUCUAGUGUGUGUCAGGGUGCCCCAGAGACCUAUGAAAAUUGGAACUGUAUCAAGUAUCAAAAAGUCUUGAAGGUCGACAUCAUGAUUGCUGUGGCUCCUAUAGAGAUUUGUAUUUUCUCUGAUCUGGUGAACAAGGCAAGGUUGGUGGAAGAAUAUACAAAGACGGUGGCCGCGUCAAAGGAGACUUCUAAAGUAAACACUAGUAAGGAGCGUGACAAUCACCUUGAACCAAGGGGACUGAGCUUCAAGAAAGUUAGAUGCACUCCUCAGCAUCUACAAGGCCAUCGGAAAGUCAGAAGGGACCACAAUGCUCAAUCUCACCAUAUGAAGGGGAGUCGUCUGUGUUAUGCUUGUGGACUACCUGGGCAUCUAGCCAAGAACUGUCGUCAUAAGAAAAACCAAAACAUGGAUUAG